AUGCGAAAUGCGGGGUUACAGUGCGGUGGCGGAUCGAUAUUUUCCCCGAUCGGGCACUUUUACCGCGUCCUUCCACCGAGCAGCAGCACCACCAACACGUCCAGUUCAGAGGAGAAGGAGGAGGCGAGCAAGGGAUGGAGAAGACGCAAGCAAGCCGUGUUUCUGUUUCUUGGUUUGCCACAGGAAGCAACGGCAGUCAGCAAUAUUCCAGUUUCACCAUCACAGCACAGCACGAGCGCCGCUGCUCCGCCCGACCCACGGUACGAGCUGCCGCGCACAGCCGCUCGCCUGUUCCGCGCUCCUUCCCCCCCCGAUGUCUCCGCGCUCUACAUCGUCCGCCUCCGCUCCGCGCCACCCGUCGCCUCGUACCGCGGCGGAUUUCCCGGCUACCCGGCAACGGCCGUCUGGGACAGCGACCCUAACGGCAACGCGACAGACGCGACAGCAGACGACGCCGCCGCCGGUUCCAGUGCCGUUGGUACCGCUUCUGUUUCCUCCUCCUCCUCCACCGCUGGUGCGGCUACUACCAACGGUUUAGGAUGGCUUGGCCGUCGACCGCGGCGGCCGCGGGUGAACGUGAGGGCGCCGGGCGUGAGGGCGUUCAAGCAGCUGCUGCAGCGCAUGCAGCAGGCCGUGCUGAGAGACAGCGGGGUGGCCGCGGGGAAGAUGGUUUACAGCUACAAGCACGCGUCGAACGGCUUCUCAGCAACCCUCACGCCAGCGCAGGUGCAGCGCAUGAGGCGCCACCCAUCUGUGGCGUCCGUGACGCAGGCACGUGUGCUGCGCCCCGCCACCACCGACUCGUACAAGUUCCUCGGCCUGCCCGGGUCGCUCUGGGCCGACGCGGGCGGGCCCAGCAGCGCAGGCGAGGGCACUGUAAUCGGCAUCGUGGAUACCGGCAUAUGGCCCGAACACGCUUCGUUCGAUGACACGGGCUACAGCAGCACGCUCCCUGCUGGAUGGUCAGGCACGUGUCCCACGACAAGCGACUUCGCAUGCAACAACAAGAUCAUCGGAGGGGGCAUCUUCCACGCGGGGUUUGAGAGCGGCGGCACCACCAUCGACCUCUCGGGUGACUGGAAGUCGCCGCGCGAUGCUGCCGGCCACGGCACGUGGUGUGCGGGGGCGGCAGCAGGCAACAACAACGUGCCAAUCCCCAACAUCGGCACGGCCAGCGGCAUGGCGCCAGGGGCGCGCCUGGCCAUCUACAAGGUCUUCUGGCAGACCAACGGAUAUAUGUACGCCACCAGCCCAGACAUCUUCUCAGCCGUUGAUCAGGCUGUCGCCGACGGUGUGGAUGUGCUGAGCCUGUCGCUGGGCGGAGCCAGUUCCACCGACACCUACUUUGACGACGUGCCCUUCAUCAGCGUCCAUGCCGCGGGGGUGUUUGUGGCCUUUGCAGCGGGCAAUGAGGGCCGCCCAUCAGCAUCCGCAGCCACGGGCUAUCGCACGCUCUGCAACUUCUCUCCCUACUACAUGACUGUGGGCGCCAGCACCAUCAGCCGCAACGGAGCAUCCAUCUCCUCCACAAAGGCAUUAACAUCAACAACAGCAUCCCUUGAGCCUCCAUCCAACACCACAGCCCCCACAGCCCUCGCAGCAGCCAGCACGGUGUCAACCCUCAACGGGGUGCGCAUCCCAGCCAGCAUGUCCCCAGCAGCCACCGCCGCCCCGGUAGUCGCCUACUUCUCCUCCACCGGUCCGCUCGCCAAGCCCUCAGCCGCCACACCAGCAGCCUACCCCUCCAACACCAUCCUCAAACCCGACAUCAUCGCCCCGGGGGUCCAGCUCUACGCCGCCUUUCCCGGCAGGACUGUGGGCUCUAAGGGAGGGUUUGAAGCGCUGUCAGGGACGUCAAUGGCCACACCGCACAUCGCUGGCAUUGCUGCUCUCAUCAUCCAGCAGCAUCCUGAUUGGACGCCCUCGCAGAUCAUGUCGGCAAUGAUGACUACAGCAAGGACUACUAAUACCGGUAACGGGGCGAUUAAAAACGAGUAUGGGGCUGCUGCAUCGCCAUGGGAGAUUGGAGCGGGGCAUGUGGUGCCAGCUAUGGUGGUUAACCCUGGGUUAACCUAUGAUGCCGGGGAGCAGGACUUCAAGAACUUUCUCGCUGGGCAGAACUAUAACCGGGCAAAGGGUGAAUUUGGCACGGCUUCCCUCAGAGCUCUCUCCGCGAAGAAUCUGAAUCGGCCAGCUAUCUCGCUGCCCAAAGUGCACAACAAGGCUUCGGUUACACGGACUGUAACAAAUGUUGCGGAUACCACGUCAACGUACACAGUGAGGAUCAAGAAACCUGCUGGAGUGAAGGUGAAAGUGUCGCCAUCAAGCUUCACUAUUGCACCCGGGCAACGAAAGACGUACAAGGUGACCGUGGUGGUGAAGUGGGCUUCACAGUCCUUCAAGUUCGGCAGCCUCACGUGGGUGGACAACAAAGGGCACUCCGUGCGGUCCGUGCUGGCCGUGCAGCCGAGUAGUGCAUGCUGGUUUGGCUGCUAA